GUCUAUUUAUAAUCCCUUCCUCGUAGGGACGAUCGGCAGCUGUUCGAUCAUUUGCCCCGCCCCACUCAGCUUCUACUACAAUAGGUAGCUGUCACAAAAAUAAUGGCAGGCAUCUACACGACAACUUAGUCCUUAACUCCGAUGGCCGGAAUGCUCCCCGGCGUCGAAUGCGCCCGCCGCCGGCGCUUUGGCAACUCCACCGAAUCCUUCUCCGGCUCCAGGAGAUCAUUCUUUUGUCUCUACACGACCUCGCAUGAGAUGCAUCACGGCAGAACCUCCAUGCAGAGAAGUGUCUUGAGCAAGGAAAGCAGUCACGAAGCACUCGGAACCGUUGCCAGGGAGGCCAGGGAGAGAUUGGAUGCAAAACUUAAGACCCAAAGGCCAAAUGGCUCAGGAAGCGUGAAGGUGAGGGAGCAGGAAGAACAAUUAGUAGUGAAGAAUCUGAUGGACAGUGGUGUGCAGAGGGAGGUGUUCUGUGGAACGAAGAGCAGGAGGAGGUGGUUUAAGUGGAGCAAGUUGGGGUGGGAGGCAGCAGAGCCAGCGGAUUGCGCCGUGUGCUUGGAAGAUUUCAAGGCAGGGGAUGUUCUGGUUCACUUGCUGUGCGAUCACAGGUUCCACUGCGACUGCGUGCUGCCGUGGCUGGAAACCAGCUCCCAGUGUCCAUGUUGCAGGACGUCAGUCUUCUCUGUUUGAUAGUUAACUGGUUAUGUGAGUCAGCUUGAGCAUGGAUGGUGAAACUGGUGAAGAAAUUGAAGAAUUGUUAAGAUGUUUAAUUGGUUAUAAUUAUGAAAGAACUAACAGAAUUAAUGUGUU